GUUGACAAAGACGUCAGGGAGAGGACAAGUGAUUUCCUAACAGCUCAUAUUGGCCUGCAGAAACCAGAGGGAAAUGUGGAUAAGAACCGAGUACCUUUUUGGAUGACAUUCAACAAGACAUUUCAACGACAGAGACUGUAGAUCUUGGCCAAACUGAGCCAAUUUCAUGGAGCAAGAAAAUCUUUUGCGUCCAGGAGAUGAUGAAAAACCGGCGGCCCUCAUUGGUCGGGCGUUGUUGGAACUCCUCAAUGCUGUCGCCAGGGUGAUGUCACGCGCCCGUCAGAGAGCUAUACAGGGUUUUAUUGUGUUCUCUGUUGUCUUAUUGCUUCUCUGGAUCGCCGCCUUUUUAUACGGCAGCUUCUACUACUCUUACAUGCCCAAGGCGGCUUUUUCUGCACCUGUGCACUAUUACUACAGGACAGAUUGUGAAUCUCCUGCCUCUUUUUUCUGCUCUUAUCCAGUGGCCAACAUCUCUCUGAUGAGGAAUAGGAAACACGCGCUGACAUUGGGCCAGGCCUACCAGGUGUCUCUGCAGCUAGAAAUGCCUGAUUCUCCAAUCAAUCAGGAGCUGGGGAUGUUCAUGAUCAAGACAACAUGUUUCUCUCGCACUGGAGGGCAAGUUGCCUCCUCUGCUCGCACUGCAAGACAGCUGCUGUCCGCCUCCAGCUCUCGCUUUAGCAUGCUGCGAUACCGUUCAGACCUGCUGAAGUACCUGGGAACGCUGCUCUUCCUCCCGGCCUUUCUGACCGGAGUCGCUGAGCAGAAACAACUGCUGGAGGUGGAGCUCUUCUCAGACUACACGGAUGACCCUUAUGUCCCGUCAACGACGGCCGUCAUUGAGCUCAUGUCCAGCAAUGUGCAGAUCUACUCAUCUCAACUCGUUAUUCAUGCUCACUUCACUGGUUUAAGAUACUUGCUGUUCAACUUCCCUCUCCUGUCAGCCCUGGUGGGCAUUUCCAGUAACUUCUUCUUUCUCAGUCUCCUCUUCGUCCUCAGCUACGUAAGGCUGCUGUUGAGAGAGGAUUGGGGAACACAGCAGCUCAGAACUGAUGGACUGCUGUCUGGUAGAGACAAGAACAUGAACAACAACCAAGAAGACGAUGAAAAAGAUGCUGCUGCAGGUACUGCAGAGCUGAUGGGUCCCCUCCAGAUGACCCCACAAAUCUGAACCGGGAAAGGCCCCAUCUGCACUCAGCCGAUAGAAAGAAAUGAAUCAGAGGCAGCCUGAGGCCGUUAUUAAAGGAGAGGGAGGAAGUGUAGAGAGCGAUAACAAGAAGUAAGGAUGAAGAUUUAAGAGAGAUAUAUGAUUGAAAAUAACUCAGAAAGCACCCACACACCUCUGAGCUGUCCUGCCUGAGCUGUAGAUCUUUUUGCUCUUCCAUCGUGUCCUCAGAUAGGUUUAUUGUGAAUGUGCCUUGGUGUUUGGUGCAUAACAAUAAACAUAGUAGAGAAAAUAGAAGUUAAAGCAAGUACUGCAACAGUAUAGAAGCAUAAAUAAAACUUUUUUUUUUGUCUCACACUGGUAUUUCAGCUUGACUCACCUGAACCUUCGUCGCUUCAUACAAAUCUCUCAUUGUCAGAGCAUUUUUAUUACUUUGCACUUCAUAGCUGUGAUCUGGUGUUCACUAUAUACUAGGGCUGUAAAUGUUAACACGAUAAUAAUGUGUUAACUCAAAUGGGUUUUAACGCCACUAAUUAGAUACUGGCAUCAUAUGAAACUAGAACCUCAGGAAUCUUUU